AUGUUGAUCGUAUACCCAAAAUCUAAUCUUCUAGAGGUCUGGGAUUGGGUUCCUCCGAGCCACGCGAAGGUUACCACAAAAUGUAGUGGGGAUACUUUGUACCUUCAGGGCCAGUACACGUUGUCAAUUCCACCAUCAGGCCCACCGGAUUAUGGAUUUAAAUACACCACUAGUGCCUUAUUACCAGAAGAAUCAAAAGAAGAUGUUUCACGGACAAUAGAAGCGGUUAAAAUCUUGAAUGGGACAGUAGAGGAGGGGCAUACCAUUUUAGUUUUGAGUAAAACCAAAAACUUGCCCCUUCCCUAUGCGUUAGAAGUUCAUUUACUUGGAAAAUCAAAUGAAACGUCAAUUCAACAGAUUUUAGAGUUGCCAUACGUAAUGCAGGAAUCUGAGAGCGAACUUGAAUUCACUAUUAAAGCAAAUGAUAACUUUAUGGUUGUUUCCAAUAACGAGGGAUUCUUGUAUUUAUUUAAGUUUGAUGGAGAAGAAUACCGUCCUGCUAAUUUUGAUUUGAAUUUACUGUCAAUAAGGAAAAACUCCUGUCAACCGAUUAUAAACCAGGAUCGUUUAUCGUCGAAAUUAACUGAUGAGGAAAUAUUAUUGAAGACAAGUUGUUUCGAUAGAAAGCCAAUUUUUGACAUAGUUGGUAAUUGGUUAGUCUAUUCACCAACAAAAUUUGAAUACGACCAUUUAAAAGUUAUCAACAAUACUAAUAACAAGUUGGCCAAUGAAUUUGAGAAUGAAGAUAUUGAUCCAAUUUCAUCUUUUACAGUCAAGGGAGGCAACCGGAAGCAUGGAUCCAUUUUCACCCCUGUACGGUUACCGCCUCCAGGACCUCUUUUAAACAGAGUUAUAUCUACAUUGUCUAACAAUGCACUAGAUGGAUUAUUUAAGUUAUCAGAAGUCGGUUCUACUAGAUUAAAGGCCUAUUUAAACAAGGACAAGGAAAAAGUGGUUGCAAAAAAUGAACAGGAUAUGGCUCAAUCUUUAAAUUCAAUCAGUAAAACAAUUGGCAAGGCUUUAUACUCAACCGCUUCCAACACUGUAACCACGAUCCAGAAAAAGACGAUGGCUUUACAACCAAACAAUAAUCAGCUUAUAAAGAUAAUUGAUUUAUCAAACGAUAAAAUAAUAGGGAUUUUCAAACCACCAGGAGGAGUUUCAAACUUAUCACUUUCACCAUUUGACUUGCAAUUAGUUCAUUCAAGCUAUAGGGGUGAUAACUUCUUCAUGUGGGAUUUGUAUAAAUUGCCUAAUGAAAUAUCGUUGAUUGGAAAGUUUAAUAGAGGUAAAACAUCAGCUAUCAUAAAGGAAAUAUUUUGGUUUAUAAGCAACUACGAUAGCACCAACAUUAUACAAGGUAAUAAUUUGGGGUUUGGAUGUAUAACAAAAGCAACUGGAUCAGUACAUUGGUUCAACAUAAAUUAUUUGUCGGGCGAUUUGACUAAUAAUUAUCCUAACAAUCUUACUAAAGAUAAUCUGGAAGAUGUACCACCGAAAGGACAAUUUUUGGAUUCGUGGGUUUUAUCAUCUAUUAACGCCACUAAAUUUACAUCAUUACCUAACAUUGCAAACAAUAUUAAUAACAAGUACAAAUCGGAUUCGAAGUUUAACAUUAAUCAAUUGGCAAUAUUAGACAAUAAUGAUCAAAUUAAACUUAUUUCUCCCCUCAAUGGUAAUCAUCUUUUCAAGUAUGAAUUGCCAAAGACAGAAGUGGAUGAAGAAACAAUAUUCGAAAACAACUUAAAUGCAAUUGAUAAAUCGUCUUUUGAUACACAGUCCCCUGAAGUAGACUCGAUCACACCUCUAUCACAAGCCGAGAUCGAAACCUGUGGCCCGUAUUUGAAUUUGGUAAAUAACAAGAAUAUUCAAUUCUCGACCUACAACUUUGAUGACGAUUCACAACCUGACUAUGAAAAUUUCUUGAAGGAAUAUACCGAAUUUGGAAACAAUAUUCCUGUUACAGAAUUAAAAUUUAAGAAUGAAAGACAGAAGAGUUCAAUCGAACCUUUAUUAUCCGAUUUUUCAGAAGGACUAGUUAUGGAUCAAGAAAACUUAGACUCAUCCAUGAAGGAUACAAGCCAAGAGUCGUUGGAUUAG